GGGCCGCGCUGCGCCGGGUCGGGGACGCCGGGUCCUGCCCGCCACACCCCGCGGCGGCGCUCGCCUUCGCGAUCCGAGACGGCCCGGGUCGGCGUAGUAAGAGCGCCUCGAGGGCCUGCCGGGAGGGUCCUCGCAGAAAGGGCGAGCGUGCGACACCGCUGUGAGGUGUGAACAUUCUACCCACUUGUGAGCAGAUCCAGCCCAUCUGAGUGACAGUGCAGAGCCCUGGCUGCCAGCCCACCCUCAGCGACCUGGGGCAAGUACCUGGCAUUCAUUAGGGCAUCGGAUUCAGGCCUGUGGGUGCGCCCACCCCAGCACAGCCAUGGCCCUGGUCAGCAUCAACGAGCUGCCCGAGAACAUCCUGCUGGAGCUGUUCACACACGUGCCCGCGCGCCAGCUCCUGCUGCGCUGCCGCCCCGUCUGCAGCCUCUGGCGGGACCUCAUCGACGUGGUGACCCUGUGGAAGCGCAAGUGCGUGCUCGAGGGCUUCAUCACCGAGCACUGGGACCAGCCCGUGGCCGACUGGAAGAUCUUCUACUUCCUGUGCAGCCUCCGCAGGAACCUCCUGCGCAACCCGUGUGCGGAAGAGGAUAUGGGGUCAUGGCGAAUCGACUCCAAUGGGGGGGACCGCUGGAAGGUGGAGAGCCUCCCUGGAGACCAUGGGAUGGAUUUUCCUGAUCCCAAAGUCAAGAAAUACUUUGUCACAUCAUACAGCACAUGCCUCAAGUCCCAGCUGGUGGACCUAAAGGCCGAGGGCUACUGGGAGGAGCUCAUGGACACAUUUCGGCCCCACAUCGUGGUCAAAGACUGGUUCGCAGCCAGAGCAGACUGUGGCUGCACCUACCAAAUCCGAGUACAGCUGGUCUCAGCCGACUACAUCGUCUUGGCCUCCUUUGAGCCCCCGCCUGUGACCGUCCAACAGUGGAACGACGCCACGUGGACGGAGGUCUCCCACACCUUCUCAGACUACCCUCCAGGUGUUCGCCACAUCCUCUUUCAGCAUGGGGGCAAGGACACCCAGUUCUGGGCAGGCUGGUAUGGGCCCCGGGUCACCAACAGCAGCAUCAUCAUCAGCCACAAGACGAGCAGGAACCCAGCUGCUGCCACAGCUCGGCCGGAGCCGCGGCAGGUGCAGGAGGACUCUGCCCGCCGGCCCUCCCCACUUCGUCUCCACAGGCCCUUCUGACAGUCUGUCCUGACAGCCACUCAUCUGUCCCCGUCUGAGUAAGCCAAAGGUUCCUCCAGGCAAGAACUGAGCCUGGAGUAGGCAGUGAGGCACCCUAUCCUGUCGCAGGGGUCUUACUGUCAACACAGGUCUGAUGUUUUGUCAUAAUAAAUGUUUUCAAUAAAGCCA